AAUCCUGAACUGAUAAUGUUUUUACAAUUUCCCACCUACGUACAUAAUGCAAAUACACAAAAAUCUCAUUCAUUUCUCUUUUUUUUUCAGCCCCACUUUUCUUCAAUGGCUAUUACCGCACCUUCAGAUUGGUCAUUUCCUCCUUGUGUUAACUGUAAAAACAGAAUCUUGAAACCAAAAAUUUGCUAUUCUUGUAAAACUUUGCCUUUUCUCUCAACCAUUUUCUUCAAUUCAAGAACUUUGGUUGCUAAAUCCUCUGGUUGUUCUUCCCCUGUCUUAGAAGGAAAAAGCCAAAAAACACCCUCCAAAAAUUCCCAAGUAAUAGAAUUAGACUUGGAACAAAUUCAAGAUUAUAGUACUACAUCAACAACAAAUGGUACUACUAGUACUACUACUGCUACUUGUUUGCCUGAUUCCAAGGAUUUGAAUGGUCUAAUUUGCAGUUUACUUAAAGAUCCUCAAACUCAAGGAAUUGGAUAUGAUUAUUAUGAGAAAGCAAAGGGAAAUAAAGAUUUUAGACCUGAGAUGUCAACACUAAAGCUUCUUAUCAGGUAUUUGGUGUAUUCAAACAAAUGGGGUUCAAUAUUCUCAUUGUCUAAAGAUUUGAGAAGUUUACAAGUAUUGCCUGAUAGCUCUACAUGUUGUAAAUUGAUUAGUAGCUGUAUGAAAGCAAGAAAAUUCAAGAUUGUAAAUAGUUUUCUUGAAUUGUUUAUAAUAGCUGAUCAAGAAAUCGCUGUUUUGGCCUUUGAUUCUGCUAUGAAAGGCUACAAUAAGUUGCAUAUGUAUAGUAGCACUGUGAUUGUGUAUGAUAAAAUGAGAUCUGCAGGACUUGUAUUGGACCCUGGAUGUUAUUGCAGUAUAAUGGAAGCAUAUUCAAAAAUUGGUAACUGUGACAAAGUUGUGGCGCUUUUCGAAGAAUUUGAGAGCAAGAAAGUAGAGUCCACACCUUAUCAUGCUCAAAUUUACAAGAAUCUUUGUGAGUCAUUAGGGAAAUCCGGGCGCGCUUUUGAGUCUUUGGAGUACUUUAGGGACAUGACCAAGAAGGGGAUUCAAGAGGAUCAUUCUUUUUAUUCCAUACUUAUUUGUGGAUUUGCCAGUAUUCGUGAGGUGAAUAUGGCUGAGGAGCUUUUAGAAGAAGCAGAAGGCAAGAAAAUGCUGAGGGAUCCAGCACUCUUCUUGAAACUAGUGUUGAUGUACAUUGAAGAGGGGUGUAUGGAAAAGACUAUUGAUGUUGUUGCAACGAUGACUCGGGUAAAAAUCCGAGUCUCUGACUGCAUAUUUUGCGCGAUUGUGAAUGGGUUUUCAAGAAAAAGAGGUCUAAGGGCUGCAGUUAAAGUGUAUGAAGACCUUUGUUCGGAUGGCAUUGAACCAGGUCAAGUGACAUUUGCCUCAGUAUUGAACUUGUAUUGCAGGCUUGGAUUAUACUCAAAAGCAGAAAUGGUAUUUACUGAGAUGGAGCAAAAAGGAUUUGACAAAUGCGUGGUGGCUUAUUCUAGCAUGAUUGCAAUGUAUGGAAAAACUGGAAGGCCAAAAGAUGCAAUGAAACUUGUCGCGAAAAUGAAAGAGAGAGGGUGUCAACCAAAUGUUUGGGUGUACAAUGCUCUCUUGGACAUUCAUGGAAAAGUUCUAAACUUAAGACAAGUAGAGAAAAUAUGGAAGGAGAUGAAGAGAAGGAAGAUUUUUCCGGAUAGAGUGAGUUACACAAGUAUUAUAAGCGCGUAUAGCAAGGCAAGGGAGUUUGACAAGUGCUUGAUAUAUUAUCAAGAAUUUACUCUAAAUGGUGGAAGACUCGACAGGGCAAUGGCUGGAAUUAUGGUUGGUGUUUUCUCAAAGAUGAAUAGAGUUGAUGAGUUAAUUAGUCUUUUGCAAAGUAUGAAGAGAGAAGGGACUAAGUUAGAUGGGAGACUUCAAAGAUCAGCUUUGAAUUCUUUGAGAGAUGCAGGGUUGCAAAUUCAAGCAAAUUGGUUGCAAGAAAGCUUUGGUGCAACAUGAGUUCUUUUUCCACUUUGGGGUAACAUAUUAAAGUGAUUGACAACGGAUAAAAACUUGAUUGUGUUGGCACAAAAACUAACAGAGAUUUGCCCAUUUUAAA